AUGGCCACCCUCGACACCACCUUGACCGUCCUCCUCGUCGCCCGCAAAGGCAACGCGUUGGACGAGGCGCAAGCCCGGCUCCUGCAGACGAACAUCGACGAGAAAGGCUCCCCAUAUCCCCGGUCUGAUAGGCGGGUAUAUGUAGGAACUACUCUGGACGACGUACAAAGUGCCUUCGAUCAAGCCGCCAAAGAGGCCCGCACGAUCCAGCAUGUCUUUGUAGGUGCGGGCUUGGAGCUCGAGGUACGCCUGGAGAUUGUCAAAGAAGCCAUCACCCGCAGCGGGGAUACCUGCGUACACUUGAAGGAUGCAACUUCUGGGCCAAGCGGAUUUCUGCCCUUCAUUCAGGCCGUGUUGGGAGAUCGAGCAUGA